AUGGUUUUAAGCCGUCUACUAGGUGUCGCUUCAAUGGAAGAAAGCGCUGCGUUCCCGAAUCGCCCGAAUCCUGCAAUGUUGGCGGCUUCCUAUCCUCUUUCUGGGGGCCCCGCUACCCCAUCCAUCAGCAUUAAGCCUCCAUCCCCUACGGCCGGUAAAUCAGGGAGCACACUCCUCAGAAGAGAGGCAUAUAAUAAGAAAUGUCGCGGAUUACCAGGGCGUUCGGAAGGAAUGGCUUCUAGUGCCAACGACGCCAGUGACUCCGAGGACGACGGAUCCAACUUACUAUGUCCUCAUUAUGGGGAGCGCCACAGGGGAAAACAUUACAGGGAGUACAUGCAACAAAAGGCUGCCAGGAUCCAGACCAUAAAGGAGGUCCCGCGUCCCCCCCUUUGGAGGGUGCCCAUCGUCCGGCAGCCUCUCGCAGUGAGCGUUGAAGAGUUUAAUUCGGCGGAGCCUCAGUAUGCACAGUUUGUUAAGGCCUUAUGGUCUCAUGCCAAGACUACAGUGGAUGACAAGGAGCAUGCACGGGAUUUCGCCGAAUCCCCGGUGGGGAAAGAUUUGUUGCCUGAGCGCUGUUGCGAACUUGAUGAAUGGGGGUGGAGAAGGAAAAAGCCCUUGCAUCAUACGUGGCAGGACCGACCAGAAACUCUGGGGAGGCCUCUUAGUCCCACCAUGAAGUGGCAAGGAUUAUCUUGGGGGACGGAUGCUGAAGGCUACGAGAAUCCCCGAGGGUCCGUCGGCGACCUCCGGUCUAAAGGCAUGUCUUAUGAAAGCCGGUUUCAACUACCGACCCUUUCCUCCCUGAUGAAGGCGAAACACGCGAUUUUUGUGAAGGCAAGAGACCCUAACAGAUCGCGAGCGGAACUAGAGAGAGCAAGAAGAAUGGCGCAAAAAAGGCGCAGCAGCGCUCCCCCAGCGGCGCGAAGGCCCCACUCCCCUGCCAGGCUCAGUGCCGUUAGCGACCCGUUUGAAGCUGUCACUCAGCACCGUGCUGCGAAGACGUCCAACAGACUUCCUUCGCCUUCUAAUGGGCGUCUUUCUCCGGCUUCGCUAUCGCCUAACGGAGGGAGGGGUUCUCCAAGGGGCUCUCCUGCACCCUCCCCGAGAGACAAGACAGAGGACUUCGCCUCAGGGCGCCAAAGCGGUGAACCAACCAACGGAGGUUCUGAAAAAGGCGACUGGGUUGUGCGCGUGAAAGGAAAGGGCAAGUGUUGUUACCCAGAGGACUAUGUCCGCUGGAAGAGGGAAAGGCGGCGCAUGAAAGAGAGAUUGAAGAGGCUCAGAGCAGGCCGAAUUUUCACAAGUGAUAGGCCAAAGAAUGCCUGCACAGACUGCCAGAAUCCCUCUCUUUGGUGGGACCCAGAAUUUCUCACUGAACACCUCCACGCUGCCCGCAACUCUGUCAGCGACGCUGCAUCAGACAGCGACACCUCAUCUGGAAGUGACUGCUCCUCUUCUCUCAGAAGCAGCAGCAGUGGCAGCAACACCAGCCGCGGCUCAGUAGAAGAGGGACAAAACUCGUCCCGCGAGCAACAAAUUCCCCUCUCGCAACCCCACUACCUCUCCUUCCCACCUGGUUCUGCGACAGCGCUCCUGUCGCCGCCGCAGCUAAUGCAAACUUAUGGCAGGGCAGGUGGGGGGGCACCCGUGUAUGCUCCUCUGGCAGUCCCUUGCCUCCCCGCCUUUGUGGGAGCUCCACGCUUGCUGCACCGACGGCGACCGGGAUCCUCACGGCUUAGCGGGGAGCUGCAUACGAAGCCCUCUUGGUUAUGCUGCGCACCCGAGAGGCCACCAGGGGGCACCAAUUGGAAAACAGUGAAUGCUUCUCUAGCUUCUACCCCGCCAUGCUUUGCACCGCCGAGUCUUCAGCAGCCACAGGUCUUGCUGAGCACCCCGCAGGGGGGGCAUGGGCAGCUCGUGCUGCAACAAAACCGGCUUUGCCAGCCCCAACCCCACACAUCCGUGCAGCAGCCAAUACAGCAGGCGCACUUUUUCGAGUCUCAGCUGCCGGGGACGCGCAUCUUACCCCAGACGUUCGUUGCUCAACCACCGCAGGCUGCCAUCCCUGCGCUCCAGCAGCACCUUCCACAGCACUACCAACAAGCCUUUCAUCAGAGGGACCAGAAUGCGGAAGCUAAGGGUGCCCGCAUCCUCUCGACAGUUGACGACGCCCGGCGCCAUUCGCAGCGGGCUUCCUCACAUGCAGCUCGAGCGAGCUCCCCUUCUUCCCUGUACAAGCCGCACAGCAGGGCCAGCAAAUCUCAAAACAGACACAGCAGUGCGCCUCCAGCUGCAAGGCAUCAGCGAGAGGCAAGCCACGUGCAGUUUCUAGAGCCAUCAAUCCCAUCGCCAGCGACUACCAGCCCUGACGGUCCCCCCACCACCCCAGGGGGGCAGCUUGCACAGUAUCCCCCAAUCGGCCCAGGCUCCUCCGCAUCUGAUUCAGGGAAUGCCUCAUGGCACCUCGCAGAUGCUUCAGUGGCUUCCUCAAAUCGUUCAGGGGGCCCCUCCUGUUUACCACGGGCCUCCUCUGGUGCUUCAAGGAGGCCUUGCCCUCUGGUGCUGCAGCAGCCGCCGCCCAUUUUGGUGCAGCAGCAGCAGCCUGCCCUGGUUAUUCCCCAACAGCUCUACAGAUCGCCCGUCGUGGCGAAGCAGCAGAAGAGUCCAACAACUGCUGCGGUGCAACGGCCACCAACUACCGCCCCGGAGCAGAAACCAGCCGAGCCGAAGCCCGAAGACAAACCUAAAACGCCGUGGCUCUGGAACUGCAGUGUCAACUUUGGCGCGAAGUGUGGCAGCACCGACUUAGCAGAGACGCGGCCUAGGCAAGAGAACCCUGCGUCGGAGCAGCAGCCAGCAGACUCCAAACAGACAAAGCCUCAAACACAGCAGGCCCAGGGAGCGUCAGGCCGCUCCCCCAGCAGCACCCCUAGAGCUUUACCUGUAAGUCCUCGACCUAGGGAAGUGCUAGAAGCCGGUGCGACUGCCGCUGGAAACAAGGCUGCCACGCCGAGGUCCACUGAAGGCACCCAAAGUGCGACGCGAGGAGAGGCUCCCCAUCCACGGAAAUAUCUGCAGCCUCCGCAGCCCGAAAAGGCUUCCUCCAGACGACACAAACAACAGCAACCACCCCAGGCGUCAGCGGCUCCCUCGCCGAGCACUCCUAGGCUUCUCACUGUUCCGACGGGAAACUAUGUGGUUAUGCCCGCUACACCGGCAAUUUGCAUUCAGAGCGACCAGCCAGUGCAGCAGCAUCAGGGGGAGCCAUCCCAACUUUUGACUGCUCCUUGGCCUGAGCCCUGGGGAUCUAUUAGGGGGCAGCCUGAUGAGCGGCCUCCAAGCAGCAGGCAGCCUCUCUUCAAGUACUUGCCCUUUACGUUUGUCUCCCCCAAGCGAAACAUAAUCUGUGGGGCUGGAAAGAGAAUUCACUCAAAAGAACAUCGCCCAGUGGGUGCUGCUCAUGCACUGCGGCAGCAGCGGCAAGCCUCUCCCUGCUGUGGCAACCCCAGUGGCAUGUUCACAGCGGGUGUCGCGUGCGGCCUCUAG